UCACUGGAGCUUUCCAACCACGAUGUAGGACUCAGACCAAAGUUUGGUCUGUUUGAAGCAAUCCUGAAAGUGUGUCCCCUGCUGCAAAGGCUUGUAAUCAUGGACUCUGGGCCCAUCCUUUUUAGUUUAUUUGAACACAACGAUGCCAUAUCACUUCCCAAUAUCAAGGAAUUUCACUUCGGAUUCAGCGAUAUGGCUUAUACGGAGGUGCUGCUCAGUCGCCUCGAUGCCCCAAACCUUGUCACACUUUCGAUUGAGGAUCUACUUACCCUCCACCCACUCCCCAGUUGUGGUUCAGUGGGGAACACCAAACAUCUCCUGAACUACUGUGCAACUGGCUUCAGUGAGCACCCCUUAGCCAUACCCAGAAGCUCUGUGCCAUUUCCUAAACUGCAGUGGUUGUUGCUGCACAGGGUUGUUGCACCCAUAAAUGCAUUUAGGCCUCUCGUUUCUAUACCAGAACUGUGUCAUCUAUUGCUAGUUGACACCACAAAUGUGCUCGCAGCUCUGAUACUGGAGCUGGACUCAACCACACCACACCCUGCCCUGGAGUCUAUCCAGGUCUUCCCCAUUACACAAGAAGAGGUCUCAAGGUUGCAAGUGCUCAAUGGCACACAUCUUGUGUUUCAGAGAGAUGAAGAGUCAAAUCCGUCGAGACGCGAUAUGAACUUGCAGACGGUACUUAUGAGACCAUACCCAAAAAUCCCGGCAUGUGUCGCUUCAUCUGGGAACACCUAA